AUGGCCAUUGACCGGAAAACUUCACCAGCUGCUUGGUGGGCUACAUUUGGAGGAGAUACACCAGUGUUGCAAAGGGUCGUCCGACGCUUGUUGUCGCAGUGUGCAGCCUCUAGUGGAUGUGAAAGAAACUGGAGCACCUUUGCUUACAUCCACACCAAACUGCGCAAUAGGUUGAGCCACCAGAAAUUGGACAAAUUGGUCUUUGUGAACUACAACCUCCGCUUGCGUCUGCAACGUGCUACUAGAGGGGUCGAUCCAUAUGACUAUGAUCCAGUUAGCAGUUUCAUGGAUCUUUCUUUGUACCGGCAGUCAUCAGCAAUUCAAGAUUGGAUGAAGCAAUCAAGGUCCAAUGGAGACCCAGCAUUUGAUGAAGACUCAGACUUCACUGACACUCCAUUGCCGAGCCAGAUGUUCACUGACAUAGGCUCUUCUCAUGGUCACGAUGAAGAUGUGGAGACAUGGGCCGAAGAAACAAUUGGGGACACACAUCUGGGAAAAAGGAAGACUAAGAUUGGUCCCGAAAUGAGAAAAUGGAAGAAACCACGCACUGAGGAGGAGUUAGAUAGUGACGAUACCACACCUGAGCCUAGUGGUGGUGAGGACAUUGGUGAUGAUGAUGAUGAUGAUGAUGAUGAUGAUUCCAGUAGCAGUGAAGGUGAUGGCAACGAAAGUGGUGGUUAUCGUAUAUCUCCUACUAUAAGGUUCACUGGGGAGGAGGACUUCACCCAUGCAACACAAGAUACAGAUCAUGGAGCACCUACUUCACAACGACAAACAACAUCGACACGUCGACAUGGUCGACAGGCCCCACUUGCAUAUGAUGAAGAUAGCUCCAACUCUGCCUCCAGUGGUCAGUACUACAACCCUUACAGUACUUCUCCCCCUGCAGGGGGCUUUCUGUGGCCACCACCAGGGGUGGUGAACCCGCCACUUCCGCAUGCAGUUGCAGCAUUGCCUUAUUUGGAUUAUCACGGCUACCUACCAUAUGAAGCUCCACAGUUGCAAUAUCACCCACCUACGUAUGUGUAUUUGCCACCAACAGACGAGCCGUAUGAGGGACCACCGGGAGAGAGAUUUGAGGACUGAAGAAUGCAGAGAAUAUGCUACAUGGAUUAUUCUGGACUAUGCCUUUGCCUCUGUUGUAUCUUUGGAUUGUAAUAAUUCUAAUGGACUUUGGAUGUAUUGCGUUCUAUGUGUGGACUUUGGACAUGAGUUAUGUGUAAUAAUUCUAAUGGACUUUGGAUAUAUUACGUUGUAUGUGUGGACUUUGGACAUGAGUUAUGUGUUAAAUGGUGUAUUUGUCAUUGUUUUGUGGAGUUAUAUAUAUGUUAUGCAUUAUAAACUGUCAA